AAAAAGACUUGUUUUGUUUUGCAAUAAAAGCACUGAAGAAUAAAAUCAGCUUAGACGACAGUAGAGAGUACACGGGAAUUAAAAAAGGCUACUUUUAUAUUCAUUUCCGUCACUGUUAUAUUAUCGGCGUUCAUAAAAUACCUACAUCGUGACUGUAUACAUAUAUCGUGCGCACGUGUUUGUCCUAACCUCGAAAGCGCCCGUCGAAGUCUGGUGCAAUUGCAAUUAGAUGCGAUAUUUAUGGAAACGCAAAGAAGCAGAAGCUAACAAAGAUAUUUUGCAUAAAUAUUAAGCUUUAACAAUGGCGAUGCAAGUUCCGACUGACGUGGAUGCCGAUCAGAUUAAAUCUUUUCGAGACUUCUUAACUUCAUAUAAUAAGCUCUCUGAAAUUUGCUUUAUCGACUGCAUAUCUGAUUUCACUACGCGAGAGAUCAGAGCCAAAGAAGAGAAAUGCGCCCUUAACUGCAUGGAAAAAUACCUGAAAAUGAAUCAGAGGAUAUCGCAACGUUUUCAAGAGUUUCAAAUAACUGCCAAUGAAAAUAUUCUGGCAGCUAAAAGACAAGGUCAGAUAAAUUGACUUAACUAGAAAAAAAUGUAAGAAAAAUGAUCUUGUCAUGAACAUCUAUCUGAAUCAUCGUACUGUAAUAUUAUAAAAUU